GCCCGCGGGGCGGGGCAAGGAAGCCGGUAUAAGAAGGGGUGUCACGUGGUUAGCGAGCACGCGUUCCGGUUCCGGCGGGCGGCCGCCCGACGGAGAGUCAUGCAGUCGGCGGCGGGAGCGCCUCGGCCGGGCCCGGCAGUGGCCAAAAAAAAGAAGAAAAUGAAGAAAACGAAGAAAAUAGCGAAACAGCUCCGGCCGCGCGCGGAGGCGGAGGCAGCGGCAGCGGCAGCUGAGCGGGCGGCGGCUGAGCAGGCGGCGGAGGAGGCGGCUCGGCGGGCCCGGCACUUGAAGUCACUCUCCCGGCGGUCGGGCGGCGAGCGGGAGCUGGAGGAGCUGGUGUUCGGUGACAGCCUCAACGUGGAGGAGGACGAGCUGCUGCAGCGCCUGGCCGGUCCUCGGCGGCUUAAUGCGACGGAGAGGAGAAGUCUUCAGAAAGACUCCAGCGAUUCGGAAGUAGAAAACGAAGCAAAAGGUAAACUCCUGUCUAAAAAGCCAGCCUGGGUGGAUGAAGAUGAUGAAGCUGAGGAGAAUGUUGAUAUGACCCAUAGAUAUAGGAAGGAUUUCAUGAAAAGUGAUGCUGAGAAGGUGCUUACUAAGAAAAAUCUAAAAAGAAGACUUGAAGAACAGUUUCAGCGAGCUAUGGGAGGAGUUCCUGCCUGGGCUGAUUUAGAAAACAGGAAGAAAUCCAAAAGGACUGCAAGUGAUAGUGACAGUGAUGAAGAUGAUAAUCUGCUAUGCAGGACUGGCAAUUUUGUGUCAAACUCAGAGUCCCUGCCAAGAGGUAUUUUGAAGAUGAAGACCUGCUUGCCUGCUAAUCAGGAACGUCUUGCUAAUGGAAGACUGGCAACCGUGCAGUUUCAUCCAUCUGCUCAAGUAGUCAUGACUGCUGGACAUGAUCGAUCUGUGUCACUCUUUCAGGUUGAUGGUAUAAGGAAUCCAAGAAUACAGAGCAUCUAUUUAGAGAGUUUUCCAAUUUACAAGGCUUGUUUCAGUGUUGAUGGAGAACAAGUUAUAGCCACUGGUACUCACCAUAAAAUGUUCUUUGUGUAUGACAUGAUGAGUGGAAGUAUUAUCCCUAUACAGAAAGUAAGAGGUGUGGAGGAAAGAUUUCUCAGAAACUUUGAAGUCUCUCCAGAUGGAUCAUUUAUGCUUCUAACUGGAACUUCAGGUUACCUUCACUUGUUGUCAAUGAAGACAAAGGAACUGAUUAGCACUAUGAAGGUAAAUGGAAGAUGCACUGCAUCUGCUUUCACUCCAGACAGCAGUAAAAUAUAUAGCUAUUCAAAGGAAGGCGAAGUUUUCAUUUGGGAUGUGAGAAGCAGAAAGUGUCUACACAAAUUUGAAGAUGAAGGUUCUUUGGAAGGCAAGUGCAUCGCCAUUUCAAAAAAUAACCAGUAUGUGGCAUGUGGUUCAGCUUCUGGAGUUGUAAAUUUAUAUACUACUGAUGUCUGUCUCAAAGAAAACCGUCCUAAACCAGUUAAAGCCAUAAUGAACCUAGUUACAUCUGCUACAUGUGUGACCUUCAAUCCCACCACGGAAAUUUUGGCAGUGGCUUCCCGUGAAACGGAUGAGGCUGUCAAAUUGGUACACAUUCCUUCAUAUACUGUAUUCUCAAAUUUUCCGGUGUUCAGAAGAAAACAGAUUUAUCUUACUCAAUCUAUGGACUUUUCUCCCAGAAGUGGUUUUUUCUCUGUAGCAAAUAACAAAGGCAAAGCUUUGUUAUUUAGGCUGAAACAUUAUUCAGAUUUUUAAAAGAAGAUACAGGAGAAAAUGGACCAGUAACUGAGGUAGUGUAACCUGCAGAUACAAGUAUGCUGGCAAAAUCAAACAAGUUUUUUUAUUUUAUAUGGAAGUUCAAAAAUAUUAAUGCAACAUCUGUGUUUUUGAAUGUUGUUCCUUAAUAAAUGUACCUGAUAAGUUUCCAGGCAA